UCGAUUUUGAUGGUGGAUGUGGAUGGAAAAACCUAAAUAUACUCUCUCUCUACUCUCAUAUAUCUACUUGUUUUGUUUUUUUCGAUUUUCUGAAAAUUGAUUUUUUUUGUUUGUUUGAACUCCAUCAACGAAACGAAACGAAAAAAAACGCCAUAAACAUACACACUCGCACACGCACAGAUGCUACUUGAGUAAAAGAAAUUUUCUUUGUUUGUUUGUUUGUUUGGUGUGUGUGUGGUGAAGAAUAAUCAUUCAGUAAAAGAGGAACUCAUCGAACACUUCGAAUCCGCGAAUAAAAACUUCGAAACCGCAAAAAAACUUCGAAACCCGAAGCAAACCAUAAACAUAAAAUGACUUUACAAUCAAAAUUAUCAACAUGUCAUUGUUUAAAUGUACAAUUAAUACAUUCAUUGGAACAACAACAAUGUGAACAACAACAACAACCAUCGUUUGAAAAAAUUUUAGAAUUAUUAGGACGACAACAGCAAGAUAACCUGCUGGAUAAAUUCCUGAAUAAUUCAAAAUUGAUAAAAAUUAUUCCAAACGGAAUUCAAAUUAAUUAUGAAUAUCUUUGUUUAAAACGAAUUAUCGAUAAUAAUUUACAAAUAUAUUUUUGUACUGUUUGUGAAUUGGAAACGCAUGCUAUUUUUAUAUCAAACUCAAAAUCAUCGUCAUCGUCAAAUCAAUUCAUUAGUGGAAAGGAGGAAUCAUCGUUGAUUGCUUUUGUCAAUUCUUCUUUGUUGACGGAUGAAAAAAUAAUUUCCGAAUUGAAAUUAUCGAAAAAUUAUUCACCUGCAUUAGGAAUUGUAUUACCGGAUCAUUUGUUGACUGUCAGUUAUGCUGUCAACAAUCAAUCAGAUUCUGAUUCUGAUUCAAAAACUAAUCAGGAAAAUACAUGUUUUCUACUUUCAAAUUAUAUACAAGAAGAUAUAAGCGAUAAAAUUCGUUUAUUUUUGAAAAAAGAAAAAUCCAAUAUUCAAGAACGUAUAAAAUGUUAUUCAAUGGAACAGGAAAAACAAUUUAAACAUCUUUAUCAAUCAACAAUAAUGAAUAAGAAUUUAUUUUUACGUUUAAUUGAAACAAUAAAAAUUCAUCAUAAUAUUGAUGAUAAUAACAAAGAAAAUUUACAACAACAACCAUCGAUUCAACCAUCGUUUGAUCAAACAUCGAUGAAGAUCAUUGCCGGAACAAAGGAUUUUUUACCAACUACGAAAUCAACAACAACGAAAUUGAAUGAGAAAAAAAAUUCCGAUGAAUUUGAUUCAAUAUUUGAUAUUGAUGAUUUGGAUGUUACUACUGGCAUUGGUGAUGGCGGUGGUUCAUUAUCAAUGGAAUCGUUUGAUGUUGUUCGAGCCAAACGUAGUGAUGAUCAAGUCGAAAUAGGUGAAGAAUUGGUCAAUGAUGAUGAUGAUGAUCUAAAUGAUGAACGUCGUGAUAAUGUUUUUCCAUUAAAAGAAUCAUCAAAUCAACAAUAUUCAUCAUCAUUACUUAAUAAUAAUAAUCAAACAUCAACUUCCAAUAUGAUUGAUAAUGGUAAUGAUGAUGAAUUUUAUCGUUCUUCCAUUUCUGGUUUACCAAUUUCUUCUACUAAUGCUACUACUACUAAUGAUCAUCAAAAAUUUCAACGAGAUUUUUAUUCUCAUAAUCAACAACAACAACAACAACAGAUUGCAAAUUCUUUACCAAUUCAAAUACCACAUUUUGCUAGACGAAAUGAACGUGAAAUUGAAGAGAGUUUUCGAAUGAAUCCCGGUGAAUCAAUGGCUGAUUCAAUAAAAAAAAUGGCACGUAGUGUUCGAAAUGAAAUUGAUAUAUUUGAUGAUCGACCACGUAGACGUUUAAAUACUGGUGAUCUUAUUAAAUCAAGAAGAUUUUUUAAUUGAAAAAUUCAUAUUCGCGAAUUAUCGUUGAUUUGAUGGUGGUGAUUGAUUGAACACAAGGAACGUUUGCACGUACUGCGUGCAUAUUUUUUUUUUAAAUGAUAUUUUUUUUGUGUCACCCCUUUCUCUCUUUGGUUAUUUUUGUUUUCAUAUUUUUUCUUUUUUUUUAAAUUUUCAUCUUUUCUUCCUCUCCACACAUUUUCGAAAUCGUUGUUCGUUGUGUGAUUUUUUUUUGUUUUGUUUAUCACCAUUAUUAUCAUUAUAUUUUUGUAUCAUUUUUUUUCUGGUCAAAUUUGUUUGUUUUUUUUUCUCAUCGUAAAAACAAUGUUUUGUGUG